AUGCUAUGGGAAGAAAAAAAGAAUAACAAUCUUAAAAAGCCAAAAAAAGGCAUUGAAAGCCAAAACAAGGCCGGAACUUAUCAAAGUUUAGCAGGCAAAAAUCAAAAAGGAGAUUUAUUUGUGAAAUUUCAUAACAAGAAGGCAAUGGAUAAGCAAACACAAAGAUCUUUAUGCACUUUACUUUCACCCGAUCCAAAAACUGGAAAAGGUCCUAUUGCACUUCUUGUGGACUGCGAUCCUGCACAAAUUAAGGCACUUCAUUAA